GGGGCGCGCGGGGGAGCCGGAGGGCGCUGCCGCUUCAGCAUGGACGUGACCGUCUCGGAGCUCAUGGAGCUGUUCCUGCAGAGCCCGCUGGUGACCUGGGUGAAAACUUUUGGCCCAUUUGGAAGCGACAGCCAGGACAACUUGACUCUGUAUAUGGAUUUGGUGGACGGCAUCUUUCUGAACCAAAUCAUGUUGCAAAUAGACCCCAGGCCAAGCAACCAGCGUAUCAACAAGCAUGUCAACAACGAUGUGAACCUCCGCAUCCAGAACCUGAGCGUCCUGGUGAGGAACAUCAAGACCUACUACCAGGAAGUUCUCCAGCAGCUGAUCGUAAUGAAUUUGCCCAAUGUUUUGAUGAUUGGCAAAGACCCACUGUCUGGGAAGAGCAUGGAGGAGAUGAAGAAGGUACUGCUGCUGGUGCUGGGCUGUGCUGUCCAGUGUGAGAGGAAAGAGGAGUUCAUCGAAAGGAUCAAACAACUGGACAUUGAGACCCAGGCGGGGAUCGUGGCUCACAUCCAGGAGGUGACCCACAACCAAGAGAACGUGUUUGACCUGCAGUGGCUGGAGCUGCCCGACGUGGCCCCAGAGGAGCUGGAGGCUCUGUCCCGGAGCCUGGUCUUCCACCUCCGCAGGCUCAUCGACGAGCGGGACGAGUGCACUGAGCUGAUCGUGGACCUGACCCAGGAGCGAGACUACCUCCAGGCGCAGCACCCGCCCAGCCCCGCCAGGUCCUCCAGCGCCGACUCCACCCCCAGCCCCACCAGCAGCAGCCUGUCGAGCGAGGACAAGCAGCACCUGGCCGUGGAGCUGGCCGACACCAAGGCCCGGCUGCGGCGGGUCCGGCAGGAACUGGAGGAGAAGACAGAACAGCUUGUAGACACCAGGCACGAAGUGGAUCAGCUGGUGUUGGAGCUGCAGAAGGUUAAGCAGGAGAACAUGCAGCUGGCGGCUGACGCUCGGUCGGCCCGUGCCUACCGCGACGAGCUGGACUCCCUGCGGGAGAAGGCGAACCGCGUGGAGAGGCUCGAGAUGGAGCUGGUGCGCUGCAAGGAGAAGCUGCACGACGUGGACUUCUAUAAGGCUCGCAUGGAGGAGCUGAGAGAAGAUAACAUCAUCUUAAUUGAGACCAAAGCCAUGUUGGAGGAGCAGCUGACCACUUCCCGAGCCCGCAGCGACAAGGUCCAUGAACUUGAGAAAGAGAACCUGCAGCUGAAAUCCAAACUCCACGACCUGGAGCUGGACCGGGACACAGAUAAGAAACGGAUUGAGGAGCUUUUGGAAGAAAACAUGGUCCUCGAGAUUGCCCAGAAACAGAGCAUGAAUGAGUCAGCCCACCUGGGCUGGGAGCUGGAGCAGUUGUCCAAGAAUGCAGACCUGUCAGAUGCCUCCAGGAAGUCCUUCGUGUUCGAGCUGAACGAGUGCGCCUCCAGCCGCAUCCUGAAGCUGGAGAAGGAGAACCAGAGCCUCCAGAGUGCCGUGCAGGGGCUGCGGGACACGUCACUGGCCCUGGAGGAGAGCAGCCUCAAGUGUGGGGAGCUAGAGAAGGAGAACCAGCAGCUCAGCAAGAAGAUAGAGAAGUUGCAGACCCAGCUGGAGAGAGAAAAGCAGAGCAACCAAGACCUGGAGACCCUCAGCGAGGAGCUGAUCCGGGAGAAGGAGCAGCUGCAGAGCGGCAUGGAGGCCCUGAAGGCUGACAGAGCCAGACAGAUUAAGGAUCUGGAGCAAGAGAAGGGCCACCUUCACCAGGCCGUGUGGUCUCUGCGGGAGAGGCCGCAGGUCAGCGGUGAGGCCCGUGCGAAGGAUGUGGAGAAGGAGAACAGAGCCCUGCACCAGGCUGUAACGGAGGCCGGCAGCAGACUCGGUCAGCUGGAGCUGGAGAAGCAGCAGCUGCACCGGGACUUGGAGCAGGCCCAGGAGAAGGGGGAGCGGGUGGAGACGCUGGAGAAGGAGCUGUUCCAGCUGAGGAAGGAGAACGAGCAGCUGGCCAAGAAGGUGACCUCCCUGAAGACGGUCACUGAGAAAGUCGAGGCCCUGGAGCACGAGAGCCAGGGCCUAGAGCUGGAGAACCGCACGCUGAGGAAGUCCUUGGACACCCUGCAGAACGUGUCCGUGCAGCUCGAGGGCCUGGAGCGGGACAACAAGCAGCUGGACCAGGAGAACCUGGAGCUGCGCAAGAUGGUGGAGACCAUGCGCUUCACCAGCGCCAAGAUGGCCCAGAUCGAACGGGAGAACCAGCAGCUGGAGCGCGAGAAGGAGGAGCUGCGCAGGAACGUGGAGCUGCUCAGGGCGCUGAGCAAGAAGUCCGAGCGCCUGGAGCUCAGCUACCAGAGCGUGAGCGCCGAGAACCUCCGGCUGCAGCAGAGCCUGGAGAGCAGCGACAGCAAGUCUCAGGCCCUGGAGCGGGAGCUGAGGGAGCUGGAGGCCGAGGGCGAGAGCCUGCGGCGCGACCUGGAGGCCCUGCGGCUCUCCAACAAGCAGCUGGAGAGGGCCGAGGGCGACAGGAAGGCCCUGGAGCAGGAGGUGGCGCAGCUGGAGAAGGACAAGAAGCUGCUGGAGAAGGAGGCCAAGCGGCUGUGGCAGCAGGUGGAGCUCAAGGACGCCGUCCUUGACGACAGCACCGCCAAGCUGUCCGCAGCCGAGAAGGAGAGCCGGGCCCUGGACAAGGAGCUGGCCCGCUGCCGGGAUGCGGCCAGCAAGCUGAAGGAGCUGGAGAAGGACAACAGGGACCUCACCAAGCAGGUCACCAUGCACACGAGGACGCUGACGACCCUGAGAGAGGACCUGGUGCUGGAGAAGUUGAAGAGCCAGCAGUUGACCAGUGAGCUAGACAAACUGAGCCAGGAGCUGGAGAAGGUCGGCCUCAGCAAGGAGCUGCUGCUGCAAGAUGAUAACAGCCACGGUGACACAAAAUACAAGAUUUUGGAAGGCAGAAAUGAAUCCGCAUUAAAGACAACACUGGCCCUGAAAGAAGAGAAGAUUUUGUUCUUGGAGGCACAGGUGGAAGAGAAAGCAAACCUGAACCAGCAGCUCCAGGCCGAGCUGCAGAAGGUGAAGGAGGAGCGUGAGCUGCUCAGGCGUACCCAGGAGGAUGGCACGCAGGCUCAGAACGUGCUCAAGCAACCUGUGGGCAAGUUAGUCACUAGUCACCAAGAGAAGGAAUCCUGGGGGCCCAGCCACAAGGAGGCCACCAUGGAGCUGCUCCGUGUGAAGGACCGGGCCAUCGAGCUGGAACGGAAUAACGCAGCGCUGCAGGCUGAGAAGCAGUUGCUGAGGGAGCAGCUGCAGCACUUGGAGACGCAGAAUGUGGCCUUCAGCAGCCAGAUCCUGACGCUGCAGAAGCAGAGCGCCUUCCUUCAGGAGCACACCACCUCGCUGCAGACCCAGACGGCCAAACUGCAGGUGGAGAAUUCCACGCUGAGCUCCCAGAGCGCCUCCCUCAGCGCCCAGUGCACCCUGCUGCAGAGCCAGCAGGCGGCCAAAGAGGCCGAACAGGAGGACCUGCAGCGGCAGCACGAGCAGCUGGCGGCUGCCUACGAGGCCCUGCUGCAGGACCACGAGCACCUCGGCGCCCUGCACGAGCGCCAGUCCUCCGAGUACGAGGCGCUCAUCCGCCAGCACAGCUGCCUGAAGACUCUGCACCGCAACCUGGAGCUGGAGCACAAGGAGCUCGGGGAAAGGCACGGCGACCUGCUGAAGCACAAGGCCGAGCUGGACGAGCUGGAGAAGGUGCUGACAGCAGAGCGGGCGGCGCUGCAGCAGGAGCAGAGGACCAGUGCCAUCGCCACGGGCGAGAACCAGCGGCUGCGGGGAGAGCUGGACAGGAUUAAUUUCCUGCACCACCAGCUGAAGGGGGAGUACGAGGAGCUGCACAUCCACACCAAGGAGCUGAAAACGUCCCUCAACAACUCGCAGCUGGAGCUGAACCGCUGGCAGGCGCGCUUUGAUGAGCUGAAGGAGCAGCACCAGAGGAUGGACAUCUCGCUGACCAAGCUGGACAACCACUGCGAGCUGCUCUCCCGUCUCAAGGGGAACUUGGAAGAGGAGAAUCAUCACCUCCUGAGCCAAAUCCAGCUGCUGAGCCAGCAGAACCAGAUGCUUCUGGAACAGAACAUGGAGAGCAAGGAGCAGUACCACGAGGAGCAGAAGCAGUACAUAGACAAAUUAAAUGCCUUACGGAGGCAUAAAGAAAAACUGGAGGAAAAAAUCAUGGACCAGUACAAGUUCUAUGAUCCUGCUCCAAAGAAGAAGAACCACUGGAUUGGAGCCAAAGCCCUUGUCAAACUCAUCAAGCCAAAGAAAGAAGGUUCUAGAGAGCGGUUAAAAUCAACCACAGACAGCCCCCCCUGGCAGCUGGAGUCCCUCGAUCCUUCCUCACCAUCCGCCUCCCAGGCUCUCAGGUCACAGCUGGAAAACCCCGAUGCGCCCCCAACCGCCUCCAGCUAUGCCGAGGAGCGCGACGCCUACAACGGGCCUCUGGGGAAAGGCCCUGGGGAUCUAAAACCAAAGCGAGGGUCCCAGUAUGGAGGCAGUGUUGACCGCAUGGACACCUCUGCUGACCCAGCUGUGAAGUCCUGGCCCUCGGAACCUGGCUCCCGGACUUUGCCCACCUCAGCCGUCACAGCAGUUCCUUCCGGCCCCGCCCCAGUCUCCCGACACCCAGGCCGAGCCAAAGGCUCUAAUUCCACUGAUAACCUCUGUGAGCCGUCCGCCGAGCUUGAGGGCGCACAGCCCAGGCAGCAGGUGUCCCGGCCCGACAGCUUGGAGAGCAGCAGAAACACGUCCAGCAGCAGCUCGCCCCUGAGCCUCAAGGGCUCCUCGGACCAGCUGCACAGCCGCUCCGAGAGUUUCAGCAGCGCAGACCUGAUCCCCAGCAGAGACCCCACCACGCUGUCUCGGGAUGCCAGUGCCCCAGGACGCAGUGCCCUCGGCCGCCAUGAGUACCCCUCACCCCGGAAUGGGCCGCUCCCCCAGGAGGGUUCCCAGAAGAGGGGCGCGGCCCUGCCCCAUGGGGUGCGGCCCUGCUCCACUUCUCCUAGCAGUGAGAUGGUCACCUUGGAGGAAUUCCUGGAAGAGAGUAACCGCAGCUCCCCGACCCAUGACACUCCCAGCUCCUGUGACAACCUUCUCAGUGACUACUUCCGGAAGGCUCACGACCCCCUGGCUGUGGGAGGCCAGCCUGGACCACCUACUAGGAAAGAUGGAGUCAAGAUGCCCACCAGCUUUGUGGCACCCACCAUCAAGAUGGCAGCCAACACCGCCGAGGGACGGCAGAUGAAGCCUGGGCAUUAUGUAAAGCCAAACUUCAGACCAGCUGAGGCAGAGAUCCCGCCCGGGGUCCCCCCAAGGCAGAUCCAGCCUCCCCAGAGCCUGUCCCUGGGCAGACCCAGGCAAGCGACAGUGACCUGCCACACGCCUGUCAACCGCAGCGCAUCUCUGAGCCGGGCCUUCAGCUUGGCCUCGGCUGACCUCCUCCGGGCUAGUGGGCCAGAAGCUUACAGACCAGAGUCCCCUCAGAAGCCAGGGGGUGCCCCUGAAGCCACAGGGGUCAGAGAGACAGGCAGCCACAGCCUGCAAGGCUCUGCGCCUCCCAACUCCCACAGCCUAGCCCGGGAGAGGACCCCCCUCAUGGGUAAGGCUGACAGUACCUCUCCAGGCCCAGGUGCCCGCAGCCGGCCACCGGACACCAGGCGCUUCUCUCUGGCCCCCCCAAAAGAGGAGAGGCUGGCCCCCCUGCAGCAGUCGGCCACUGCCCCAGCCCUUGCGACUGCAGGUGGCGCGAGUGGCAGCUGCCAGCUUCAGCACCUCUCACCUGCUGUGUCCCCAGCUGUCAGGACGAAACCCAAAAUGCCACCACACCCAGGGGAGGUAGCCACCGUUGCCCCUGUCCGCCCGGGGCUCAGCGUCUCAGAGGGAGAUGGGAGCUCGGGACAGGGCUGCGGUGAGGGGCUCCUAGCCAAGAGCCCUGGCAGACCUCCCGACUGUGCUCCGCAUGUCAGCCGGGGCCCCGAUGACUUUGGUCGAGGGGGCAGCAGCUCAAAGAGCACGCCAGCGUCCCCCGAGCCCAGUGGGGACCAACAGACGGUGUGGUAUGAGUAUGGCUGUGUGUGACUUGUGUCGUGCCUCCGCAGCUGCGGAACCCUAAACUACUGGCGCGCCCUCUCGCUCUGGUUGCCUU